AUGGAGCGGCUCGUGCUUUUGGAUGAUGAUGACAGGAAUGAUAGACGAUUCAACACAGAUAGGAGUAAAGGGAAUAACAAUGGUACAGAUGAUGGAAACGAUGAUAAGAGACGACCAAAUGAUGAUAAGGACAAUAGACCAAGUGGGAGUGGAAGGGACAAACACAGGAAUCGCUACGAUGACAGGGACAGGUACAGGCCUGAUUAUUAUGACAGGUUCUUAAAAAGAGAUCCUUACAGAGACAGAGAGUAUGACAGAGGAUACGAUAGAGGGUAUGAUAGAGGGUACUACGAUGACGGAUACAGAGAAAGAAGGCCGUUAUUCGAGAGAUAUCCUGAUAGAUAUGAUGAUCCGUACGCUGGAAGAUACGACGGGUACGGAUACCCAGGGUAUAGAAGACAGUCGUAUGACGACAGAGGUGGUGCUCCGGCGUACGAUGAUGGCUAUGGCGGAUAUGGACCAGGUGUUGGAAGAGGACCUCAUGAUAGUUUCAGACCAUGGGACGAGACGUACCGCGGACAGGCGGGCUGGGACGCUGGCGGCCGGGGAUAUUAUUUCGCAUCAGGACGGCCUGACGCUGCGCCCGCAGCUGCCUGGUCAAGACCGGAAUAUGCCAGACCGGAGUCAACCGCAAGUGGCUGGCAGAACAUCGGCUACGGCACAGGCUACAGCACUGGUAACAGAGAUCCUGUGCAGUACCAAGGAUCCUACGGUUACGGCGAAAGCGGAUAUCGGCAGGGUCUAGUGGCUAGCUAUGGACAGGCUAGUGGAUGGCAAAAUGUCGGAGAACGGAGACCUUACAGGGAUCAGAGUGGCGUAAGCAACCUGGAUAAUAGGGACUACAACAGACAACCAUCCCACACAGACAGUCGUUACGCAUCAAGCAAUAGACAACCAAGCACGUAUGGGCAAUCAAACUACGGGCAAGGCCAGCCUAGUACUUACCAGUCUUCCAGCACGUUUACUAGCAGUAGUACUACACCUCAAACAAGCUACUUAUAUCAAAGAGCAGACGAACAAGUAACAACAAAAACAGAUGAGACGACCAAAACGCCAUCUUGAUUUCAAACUUUUUAAUAAUAUGUAAGUUUUUAUCAUGUAAAAUAUUGCGAUAAUUUUUAUGUGAUGCGAUAGUUUUUUAAGUGGAUGUAUUUAAAAUGUACAGUCGAUGAAAAGCUUGUUCUUUUUGUAUUAUUCAAUUAUUGCGAAAUGUAUAUCGUAACAAAUAUUUUCAUGGUUGAAAAUAGGAUCAUAUCACUGCCAAAGUCAAAAUACUAUGUGUCGAGAUCCUGAGUUUUUCUCGACUGUACGUUAUUUUUAGUACGUAAGGUAAUCUUUGAUAAUAUUCUUUUAUAAAUCGUAAAAUGUACUUAAUAAAUAAGAUAUAAGCAAAUGGCCGAGGUUUUUUGUGUAAUUCAGUCGCAUAGACUGGCAGUCUUCUAAACUGCAAAUUUUAAUGCUACCCGUGACUUAAGGCUACUGAUGGGUAAUUUUCCGGAAAAUUUCAAAUACUUAGUGGAGAUUUUUCCGGAAAAAUUCCCGUAAAAUUAGAAAAAAUUUAAAAAAUAUAAUUUUGAAGGCU